CCCCUUUCUUACUUAAAAAGGUAGGACUUUCAUCAAACACCUCAGGUUCUCAACACACCUCACCAAAUCCCAAACCACCCCAACACAACCAAACAUCACACCUCACACAAAAACUUCAUCCCUAACUUUCUCUCAUCAAAUUUUCUCUCCUCUUCCACCAGUGGGACCGGUUAAACAGAGAUCAGAGAUGAUUAUUACCGUGAGAGAAUCCACCAUGGUGCGGCCGGCGGAGGAGGUGCCGCAGCGGACGGUGUGGAACUCCAACGUCGACCUGGUGGUGCCGAAUUUCCACACGCCGAGCGUGUAUUUCUACAGGGCCAAUGGUGCGUCGAACUUCUUCGACGCCAAGGUGCUCAAGGAGGCGCUCAGCAAGGUGCUCGUGCCUUUCUACCCGAUGGCUGGGCGGCUCCGCCGUGAUGACGACGGGCGUGUUGAGAUUGACUGUGACGGCCAGGGAGUGCUCUUCGUGGAGGCGGACACCGGCGCUGUCAUUGAUGAUUUCGGUGACUUUGCGCCGACGCUACAGCAGCGGCAGCUCAUCCCUGGCGUGGAUUAUUCACGCGGAAUCGAAAGCUAUCCUCUUUUAGUGUUGCAGGUAACACAUUUCAAAUGUGGAGGUGUCUCCUUAGGUGUUGGUAUGCAGCAUCAUGUAGCUGAUGGAGCUUCAGGUCUCCACUUCAUCAACACAUGGUCAGAUGUAGCUCGCGGCCUGGAUGUUUCCAUCCCACCCUUUAUCGACCGGACACUCCUCCGAGCCCGAGACCCGCCUCGGCCGGCUUUUGAGCACAUUGAGUACAAACCCCCACCAUCCAUGGCAAAACCUGGCUCAGAUAGUUCAGAGGUCUCUAUCUUCAAGCUGACCCGCGACCAGCUCAACACACUGAAAGCCAAGUCCAGAGAAGAAGGCAACACAAUCAACUACAGCUCCUAUGAGAUGCUAGCUGGUCACGUGUGGCGAUCCGUGUGCAAGGCGAGAGCGCUUCCGGAGGAUCAAGAAACCAAAUUGUACAUUGCAACUGAUGGAAGGGCUAGGCUGCAACCUCCUCCCCCACCUGGUUACUUUGGCAAUGUGAUCUUCACCACCACGCCUUCAGCUGUGGCUGGUGAUCUCAUGUCAAAACCAACAUGGUACGCUGCGAGCAGAAUCCACAAUGCCUUGUCGCGGAUGAAUAACGAGUAUCUGAGAUCUGCCCUAGACUAUCUAGAGCUGCAGCCUGAUCUUAAAGCGCUGGUUCGCGGAGCACAUACUUUCAGGUGUCCGAAUCUCGGUAUCACUAGCUGGGCUAGGCUUCCAAUUCAUGAUGCUGACUUUGGUUGGGGAAGGCCUAUAUUCAUGGGACCUGGUGGGAUUGCGUACGAGGGGCUGUCUUUCAUCAUUCCAAGCUCAACAGGUGAUGGGAGCUUAUCCGUCGCGAUAGCUCUGCAGCCUGAGCAUAUGAAGGUGUUUAAGGAUUUGCUCUAUGACAUUUGAGGAAGGGAGGAAAGUGACUGAGAUGCUUGCUUGCCCGUUUUGAAUCAUGGCUGGCCUGGCUGCUGCUGGGAACACCAUGAUGUUUCUAAGGUGGCGUUUUCUUUGGAUACUUUCUGUGAUGGGUGUGCAAAUGUUAAUGUGACUCAUAUCCGUUUAUUAUAUAGUUAUAAUCUGUAAACAUAAAUGAACUUUUGAAAACAGUCAAUUUGAAAUUACAGUUUGGAGACAAGGCUUGAUUAA